AUGCCCAGCGACACUUCCACCAUCCCCUCCUUCCAGGCGUCCACACCUACAUCCGUAGGCAGACUUUCUUCACUGCAAGCUUCCUUCGGAAGCAAGAGCAAGGAAGAGAUUCUCGACCAAGCCCAUGGCCACAUCAAGGUUCUCGAAGUGCACCUUGACAAGGCCAACCGCUUGGCUGCCAUCAUGAAGCGCAUCAAGGACCAUUGCGGACUCGGACUCCCGUUUGGGAAAGAGCCUAUGCUAGAAGCGCCUUCAGAUUUCAUCCUGAAGCUGAAUCUCAGUGUUGACGAGUGUCUUUUUGGCGACCGCGCUGUUGACUUGGCCUUUGCGAAGAGUGCCGAUGACGGGAUCGCCGAAGCAUAUGAAUGCAUGAAAAAGGGGAUAAGCACUUUCAAUAAGUUCAUCUUGGAUAAGCAAGAAGCCUUUCCCACAGAGCUUCAGAAUGAAAUCGAAAUCGCAAGGAGCCAACUCAUCGACCACCCAGGAGAUGCUCAGCACGCUGACGUGCCCCCCCUGAUGGCUUCAUACGACACCUCAACUGAUGACGAAAUCAGGGACAAGGCCCGCGGCGUCAUCCGGGUCUUGGAAGACCUGCUUUGCAGAGCCAAGACCGUGGCUCUUAGCUCGCUGCCUCGCCUCGGAACCUUCAUCGACGACGAGAGGCUCGACAUAGUGAUUUGCCACUUGCUAGACAACGGCGGACACCUGGCACUUUUGCGUGGCUACGUGGAUAAGCUUGUCCAUACCAAGACGGCCAUGACUAGCUUCAUGGCUAGCAAGUUUGAUCGCGCCACCUCCAGACUCGCCAGCUACAUCAAGGCCCGAAUCUCGACUCUCGAAAAGUUUGCUGCUCCCGGCGAUGCUUGCCCUUCCGGCGUAGGUGAGGAGCAGAGCUGGGACCUGGCGGGGCUUAUCAAGCAAUGCCGGGAAGAUGCCAAGACUGACAGGCCCCUCAUCGAGAUGAUGCUCGACUACAAAACCUUUGUUGAAGUCAUGAGCCGCCUUAUGGCAUCAAGCAUUCUAACAGGCAAGGUUGAUGAAGACCUUGAAAACAACGACGGAGUUCUCGUCGACUCCUUGGGUCGAGAUUUCGUCGGCAAGGUUCUCAAAGCUGUCAACGAUUUAGUCAAGGCCGACAUGUCGAGGUUGAAGCAUAGAUCGACAUCACAAGGUUGGAUACUAAGCGAAUUUGUUUGA